GUAGUGUUUAUAUUUGUCAAUUAUCCAAAAAUAAUAAUUAUAAAAGCAUUUUAUCCGAAGAAAAUAUCUCAGGUAGAGAUUACCAAACAGGGGAAGUCGACUACUUUGGAUUAGCCAACUUUAGGGUUUAUCGUCUUUCCUUAUAGAAUGUCGACGCCGGCCAACUCUACCAAUUCCGACUCCGACUCCGAAAUCGAGAACAUUCCGAGCUCCAAUCCUAGUUAUACGUCCCACUCUCUCGUCGCCGCCAAUUCGUCGAGUCCGCCCCUUGUUUGCCUCUUCAGGUUCGCUGGUGACUCCGCUGCCGGCGCUUUCAUGGGAUCUAUUUUUGGUUACGGUUCUGGAUUAAUCAAGAAGAAGGGCUUUAAAGGAUCAUUUGCUGAGGCUGGAUCUUCUGCCAAGACAUUUGCAGUUUUAUCUGGAGUCCACAGUUUAGUUGUCUGCUUUUUGAAGAGAUUGCGGGGGAAAGAUGAUGUCAUAAAUGCUGGAGUUGCUGGUUGUUGCACGGGCCUUGCUCUAAGCUUCCCAGGUGCGCCGCAGGCUCUACUCCAAAGCUGUAUCACAUUUGGGGCAUUCUCAUUUAUAAUUGAAGGUCUUAACAAGCAGCAGCCAGCCCUUGCUCAGCCAUUUUCUUUGAGAGUCAAUCGGCAGCAUUAUGGUGUGCUUCCUCCUUUGGCACUACCGCUCCCCAGUGAACUGAAGGAAUCCUUUUCGUCAUUUUGCCGGUCUAUUAGAAAAUGAGACAGCUGCAGUGGUACGCCUCAAACUGAGUUUUGCCUUUACAGCACCAGUUAUGCUUCUCUCUCUUAUGUAGAACACCGGGACUGCAAGAGGUGUAUUGUAAAUUUCAAACCAUUUCAUGAAAUUUGAUAAAUUCGACUUGUUAUCUUACUAGAGGCGAAAUAUUUUUGUGUUUUUGAAAUAAAACUCGUGUGCAUUUCAUUUU